AUGGAUCUUACAUCAGUCCGUGGAACCAAGCUCAGCGAUAUAGUAGUCGAUCACCGCCCUAGCACAGGUCGUGGCAAGAAAAUUACCCUUGCGCAAGAGGCCGUGCUGAGGAGACUCUAUGAAGAAGAAUUGCCCUCCGUGUCCAAUGGCAAGGUACAAGGGAAAACGUUCUGGGCGAAUCUCGCUUCGCGGUUUCAUGAACAGACCGGUCGCGAGUAUUCAUGGUUGUCUGUGAAGCGGCGGGCAGCAGGUUGGCGUCAGAACUCCCCAGAAGUUGACCGGCGACUGGAUACUUCUCAUGGUAGCGAGCUAGGGGUCGAGGAUUCGGUAGCAGAGCCUAGUCAUCAAGAUAUUGCUCGUGAAUCCCCACGACAACAGGGUUCAGGUGACAGCGAACAAACUGCCCUGGCACAAAAGAAGCCUUCCCUGCACCCGGAGGAUUCGACCACCCUGGGGUUGUCUCAACUUGAAAGAAGUCCCAGUGUCGGCAACUGGUUGCCGCGCAAUUUGUUAUCAGGCGUCACAGACCCAAGCCAAGACAGCAACAGUAACAUCAAAUCUCCUCGCGUGUCUCAACGCCGUCCCCGAUCAAGAUCACCCCAACGUGUAUCGCAGCCUAGAUAUCGUCGCCGAUCUCCUUCAACGAGACGCACCAAAAUUAUCUCCAACCGAUUGCAUCACCAGCUGGCCUCUUCGUCUGAUGAGAUAGUCACGUCUGGCCCCAACCCUUCUUCCGGCUGCUCCCGGGCCCAUGAAGAUAUGCAGCCCGGUCAUCUGGAUAAACGAAAUCCCCCUGGAUUCAGCCGUGUCCACGAGUCGGUGGAGAAUGAUGAGCGUGAGAACAACCCUCAUGAUUCAGCAAGGUUUAAGCAUGGAGAGAGUAAAGUCAGUAAAGGUCUUCUUGCCUCGCCGCACUUAUCUGAGCAAGAUGACCUACCACUUGGCCCAACUCGGAUUAUGAGGAGGCGUGUUGCAAGAUGA